CAAAGACCAAGCAAAUUGCUUCGACAGCGGCAUCGACUGCUCAGUGCAUAAUCAUGGAGCCAACGGGAGCCCAGUUGACGGCGCUUGUUCGCAAGCGAACAGACACAGAGUUGAUGCCGCCGCCUCCACCAGCAAAACGCAUUCAACGGCCGAAGCGCGUGCUCGACGAGGACAGCUACACCGAGGCCCUCUCGCACAUCAUCGCCCGUGACUUCUUCCCGGGCCUUCUCGAGAGCGAGACACAACAGGAGUAUCUCGACGCCCUAGAGUCCAAAGACGAAGAAUGGAUCGCAAGCGCAAGCCGCCGACUCCGACAGGUCAUGACGCCCGGUCGCCGGAGAAACCUCGCAACGCCACUCCGCCAGACUACAGCCGCCGCAGGCCGCACCCCCCUCAACUUCGUCGGUGACACGCCCGCCUCGGCCAUAUCCUCUGCCACAGCCGCAUCGACCAAGCAGCAACAUGAAAUAGACACCAACCUGUCGCUAGCCGCUUUCCAGUCAAAGUACACGUCGGAGGACAACGAGUCCUUCUACAGGCUUCUCGACAAGCAAAACCGAAAGCGCGUCGAGAAAUACGCAUGGCUCUGGACGGGCAACAAGCUUCCCUCGAAGCAACAGCUAAAACAAAAAGAAGUCGAAGCCCGGCUCCUCGCCCAGCGCGGCGCAGGUGCCCUGCUCGACGACGGGUUGGGGCCCCGCGACAGGCUCGCAGUGCGCGACAAGGACUCCGCGGACCGGCCCGCCGUGCCGGACCAUUGGAACGGAGCCAAGCCCAACAACGAGCUGAUGUUUGUGCCGGACGGGGUGGACGGCAAGCUGGAGACGGUCGCGGAGCGGGCGCAGGCCGAGAGCAGGGCGGGCCAGAAGAGGAUCGUGUACGAGAACACGCGGGUGCCGCGGCCUGCGAGGGAGGAGGAGGUUGCUCCUUCGGAAGGAGGAGGUGGCGAGGGCAGGUUUAGCACCAGAGCCGGGUCACCUUCGCUGUCUGAAAUUCGCAACGCCAUUGCGGGAAACAGGAGGGCGUGCGAUGCCGAGACGAGCGUUACUGGUGGCGGCGGGGAGACGCCGAGGGUGAAUGGGUAUGCGUUUGUGGAUGAGGAGGAGCCCGAGCCGGAGCCGACGCGGCGGACGAGGGAGAAGAUGCCGCUGAUUGAUCUCGGGCCGGGGGACGCGACGCCAAAUCCGUUUCAGUUUCAGGAGCAGAGGAAGCGGGAGGUGCUGCAUCAUCGGAUGGUGGAGACGAUCUCGCAGUCGAAGCGGAUGUCGGCGAGGUUGGGCGUUACGGGCAGGGUGGACCGCACGCCUGUGCCCAAGUUUCCGAGCAGCCCGAGAGUUUCGGGUAGUAUGUUGACGCCUGCUGCGCAGAGGUUGUGGGGGAAGAUUGGGAGUUCUGAAGGGAGGGGCGCCGAUUCUCCGUUUAGUGAUUCGGUCAAGUUUACCCCAAGCCCCACGCCCCGAGGCAAGGGCUUUGGGUUAAAAAACAUGGCGACGUAGAGGAAUGGAUUCACAAGGUUGGGAGGGAUGGCAUAUUGCAUUCACGAUACCCGGAGUUGGCGGUAGACAGCGUCUUGGACAUUGGAUAGCCAGUCUGUUAGCAUGAAUCAUGACUUAGAUUACAGAGGAG